CUUCAGCUCCGCGUGGCCUCGGCCCAUGGCGCCCCCCAACUGCUCAGCUGCCAGCACCGCAGUGGAGACAGCCGUGGGCACCAUGCUGACGGUGGAGUGUGCUCUGGGGCUCACAGGCAAUGCCAUUGCCCUCUGGACCUUCAUCUUCCGCCUCAAAGUGUGGAAGCCUUAUGCGGUUUACCUGUUCAACCUGGUGAUGGCUGACCUGCUGCUGGCCACCUGCCUGCCACUCCUCGCCGUCUUCUACCUGAAGGGCAAGACCUGGGAACUCGGCAGUGCCCCCUGUGACGUCCUGCUCUUCCUGCUGGCCUUCAGCCGUGGUGUAGGGGUGGCCUUCCUGACAACAGUGGCUCUAGACCGGUAUCUGCGCGUGGUCCAUCCUCGGCUCAGGGUCAACUUGGUGUCUCCAAGGGCAGCCUGGGUCAUCUCCAGCCUAGUAUGGCUUCUCAUGGUUGCCCUCACUCCCCAAAACCUGCUCGCUCAAAAGGCUACCCAGAAUUCCACGGAGUGUCCCAGCUUCUACCCCAUAGGAGAGAGCACCUGGCAGGAGGUGCUCUUCUUCCUGCAGCUCCUGCUUCCCUUUGGCCUCAUCAUCUUCUGCAACACUGGGCUCAUCAGGACCCUCCAGGAGAGACUCCGAGAGUCUGACAAACAGCCCAGGUUCCGGAGGGCCAGGGUGCUGGUUGCCAUGGUGCUGGUGCUGUUUGGGCUGUGUUUCCUGCCUUGCGUCCUGGCCAGAGUCCUGGUCCAUGUCUUUCGGGAAUUUGAGAGCUGCCUUGUCCAGCGAGCCAUAGUGCAGACCUCGGACAUCGCCGGCAGCCUCACCUGCCUGCACAGUGUACUGAGCCCGGUCAUUUACUGCUUCUCCAACCAGGCCUUCACCCACUCAUACCGGAAGGUGCUCAGAAGCCUGCGAGGGUGGAAGAAGGCAGAAGAGCCGGCUGUCUCCAACCUCAGAGACUCCUAUUCCUGA